AUGGCAGAAGACAAGAUCCCUAUACUCCUACUAAAAACCAAAUCAGUGCCAACAGACACAUACGAAGAGCUGUUCACAACAUGUGACGAUCAACGCUACGCGCCCGUCUUUGUACCUGUUCUGGAGCACCGAUUCAAGCAGGCUGCGUUAGACGAGGUGCGACGUUAUGUCGCUAGUCGGGGGCUUGUACCAUUGUCGCAACAGGGACUUGCCACUUACGGUGCUAUGAUUUUCACCUCUCAGCGUGCUGUGGAAGCCUUCACCCAGAUCGUUGAGGAGCUCCGAGAAAGAGGCACCCAUGCUGUGGACGAGUUGCUUCCCGAGAGUUUUCCAUUAUACGUUGUUGGACCGGCCACGGCACGUGGGUUGAGGUCGCUGAACCUGCGCUGUCCCAUUCUGGGUGAGGAAACAGGUAAUGGAGAAACUUUGGCGGCCUUCAUCUUGGAGCAUUACAAUGGCAUACACGCAGGGGCUACGAAACCACCUAUUUUGUUUCUUGUUGGCGAUAAGAGAAGGGACAUUAUACCUAAAACACUUGAAUCAGAGAAGCUUGACGUACAGAGGAGAUCCAAGGUGGACGAACUAGUUAUAUACGAAACUGGAGAAAUGAUGUCGUUCAAAGCCAACUUUACGGAAAUUUGGCGACACAAUAUAGAGAACGGAUCAAAACUUCAAUGGAUUGUCGUUUUCUCUCCGACUGGUUGUCAAGCCAUGCUCGAGAGCCUGGGCUUCCUGGACACAAACACCGGGAAAGCCAAACCUAUCACUAGUCAAAGAGAUACUCUCAUAGUGACCAUCGGCCCAACUACUCGCGAUUAUCUUAUCCACGAGUUCGACUUCACUCCCGACGUCUGCGCAGAGAAGCCAAGUCCCGAUGGCAUAGCUGAAGGCAUCAGAGACAGUUCCAGCCCUGCAAAGGGCCAGAAUGCUGUCGCUGGAACGAAGAGGAAGCAAGAGAGUGAACCAUCUCCCAAGCGUGAGCGCAAGACUGCAAAGAAGCAAGCGACCAUUGAGGAGAUGAUUGGCGACAAGAAACAAGAAGACAGUGAGGUGAACGAUACUGCACCAGCUGUGCAGGGUCAAGACGCGAAGGCCGAAGAGACCAACAACGCGGACGAAGAAGCAAACAACAACACCGAGGACGAACAGACAAACGAUGACGCGAAGACUUCAGAGGCCAAUGGCGACGUGAAGGUAGCCGAGACCGGUGACGAGGCAAAGACAGCAGAGACCGAUGGCAAGUCACAGGAAGAUAAGACUGCCGAUGAAUCGAAGCCAGAGGCCAUUGGCGACGGUGCGAUCGAAGAGUCUUCCCAGCGCGAAAAGCAGAUGCCGUCGAACAUCCUCGAGAAAGGUGUCAUCUACUUCUUCACCCGCAACCGCGUCAGCAUCGACGAUGCCUCAAGCGUGGGCGAUCUGCAACGAACCUUCUUCGUCCUACGACCUCUCCCUACCGGCGCAAAACUCGGCGACGGCGCUCUCCAAGACCUAAAGAACAACCGUCUAAUGGCGUUGCCUAAGAAGGUGUUUCCCAAGUCCAGCAAUGACAAGUUCAUGGCGUUUGUCGAGAAGGCAAAUACCACAAUCCAGGACCUGAAGGACAACUUCUUCAAAGGCGAUGCCUACGAGACCAAGACGCAGGGCACGCGGCAAAACGACCCCGUCACGCCUGUUGCUGAGGGUGUAUAUGCGAUUACGCGCACCGAAGACGCGACUACACAUCUCGUUUACUCGACCACAAUCCCCUCGGAGCUAGGUCAAGUGCAAGAGGAUCUCGGCAUCAAGUCCCAAGGCAGCUUCAUCGUCAGUGUCAAGAACCCCGAGCGCAGUGGCCCCGCAAGCGCUCAAUUAGACCACAAGCCCGCUUUCUCAAAGGAAAUCAUCGAAGCCUUCCGCAACCUAGCUUGGUCCGAAGUCAAGCCCCACCAUCUCGACCACGAGUACUGCCAAAUCCUGCUCAUCGGUGAGGACGCCGAGGCGGGCAUGGAGCCCACGACCAAGGACCAGAAACACGAUAAAGAGACACCGCAGGAGGAGCUGGAGAAGCUGGAGCAUGAGGACGAACUGAGGGUUCAGCAUCUGCAUGGUGACGAUUCGGUCUUUGACGACUUGAGGAUUAGCAAGGAGGAGUAUUCUAAGGUGCCUACUACGUGGUGA